AUGUCGAUGGCAUCAGAUCAAUACAUUGCAUACUUUCCCGACUACGCACACAGUCUUUGUCAACGAUUCGUUAAAAAUACAACACGACGUGAUGCACUUCCAGAUAUCCAAUUUUUCCUUGCUCACUAUCGAGCAUUUCCAUGUGUAUUAAAAUGCACCGUUGGAAAAUCUAAUGAUCUAUAUCACAACGCAUCCAUUUUACACUACUUGCACAGCGAAUUCAAUCAUGAACCCAAAAAUGACGUCGUUAUACAAAAAUUUCAUCAGAAAUCGAAGCAGUUCUAUGCGACUCUUCGUCUUUGCGACCUUCAAAAUGGUAUUAUAAUAUAUAUGAAACAUGCAAACUUAGUCUUCGAUGUUGACAAUCCGAAUAAUUGUAUUCCAGAUCUUAUGGAUGAUUAUUUUCUCGUAUCCAAACAAAUUUUGGUCUAUCACCUUCCAGAUGUCGAGAAGCAAGCGCAUGAUGUCGCUCGUGAGAUUACCAAACGAAUUGUAUUCCUUAGAAAAACGCUGCGAUUGCGUUUAAUUUGCAGUCGACCACAAGCAGGAUUGUGUUUGAAAUGUAUUCAAUUAAGGAAACCCUUGAUUUAUGACUUGGCAUUACAUUAUGGAGAAAAGUUUGUACAAGUUCACGAAAGUAUUCUGAAGAAUUUGAAUAAAACUGACGGACACGGCAUUGUUCUUCUACAUGGAUUACCUGGUAGUGGUAAAACGCAUUAUAUUCGUUAUUUGAUCGGUGAGAUAGAUGAUAAAUCACUAAUUUAUUUACCCCCGGACAUGGCCAAAGAUCUGACGAAACCGGAAGUAUUAACUUUUUUACUUGGGCAUCCGAACUCGAUAUUAGUUAUCGAGGAUGCUGAAAAUAUUAUCGGCGAUCGGAGUGAACAAGUUUUGAAUAUGAACCAGGCUGUUGCGAAUAUACUGAAUUUAUCCGAUGGGUUACUAGGUGAUGCGAUACAUAUGCAAAUCAUCGCCACGUUCAACUGCGACUUAACUGUGGUUGAUAAAGCAUUGCUACGCAAAGGAAGAUUGAUUGCACAGUACAAUUUCGGCAAACUCGAUGUAAAUAGUGCGAAAAUUCUCUCGACAAAAUUAGGUUUCGGAGUGGAAAACAUCACCGCACCGAUGACUUUAGCCGAAAUUUACAAUCAAGAAAAAGAAGAGGAAAACGAUACUCUUGUUUGA